UCCGGCCCCCUCUCUCCCUUCCUCCCCGCCUCUCCCCGCCUCUCCCGUACCCUCUCCUUAGCCCCUGCCCGUCCUGUUGGCUCCGAGCUGCGUGGGGCCGGCCGGCUCGCCGGGCUCCGCUUCCCUCUCUUCUCUUGCACGGAGUAGGGACACCUGCUGCAUGCUCCCGGUUCUGCCUGGGGGUCGCGGAGCCCUGGGGUCCUGGUGGGAAGGCCAGCUGGGAUGGCGGCCCCCGACAGUAGGACGGUGUUCAUGCACAUCCUAGUGGCCCUCUUUGCCAUGGGUUCCUGGAUUGCGAUCAAUGGGAUCUGGGUACAGUUGCCGGUGCUGGUGAAGGACCUGCCUGAGGGUUGGAACCUUCCCUCUUACCUGUCUGUGCUGGUAGCCUUUGGAAACCUGGGACCACUGGCUGUAACACUGUGGGGCCGCCUGUCAAAGGGUGAACUGGGCCCAAUCCGGGCAGUGCAGGCUCUGGGUGUGGUGGGCAUGGCACUGCUGGCUCCUCUGUGGUCCCAUGUGGCACCCAUAGCCGGGCAGCCCCAUGCUGUGGCCUUCCUAGCAUUAGCCUUUGCACUUGCCCUGAGCUGUUGCACUUCCAAUGUCACUUUCCUUCCCUUCAUGUCCCGUCUGCCCCCAGCCUAUGUACGAUCAUUUUUUUUGGGUCAGGGUCUUAGUGCCCUGCUGCCCUGUGGGCUAGCUCUGGCCCAAGGUGUGGGUCACCUAGAGUGCCGACCAGCCUCCUCUCCCAGCUCUAGGGUCUCUCCCUUGGCAUCCUCCCCAGGUCCUCCCUCCCUUGGCAUAUCCCCAUCAGGCCCCAUGGUGCCCAUCUACUUUAAGGAACACUUUUCAGCCAGCACAUUCUUCUGGGUGAUAACCAGCCUGCUUGCCAUCUCAGCAGCAGCCUUUCAGGGACUGCUGCUCAUGCUGCCACCAGUGCCCACCACAGUUCCCACUAGGAAUGAAGAGCAGGGGCAGGGAGCCACCCCCGAGGAAGAGGUGUCACCACUUCGGGAACCAGGAGAGGAGGUUGGGACACCUGAGCCAGAGUCAGAGGAAAGAGCCCGGGAUCCACUGAAGCUGUGUUCAGUCAGAGGGGCCUGCCUGCUGGGGCUGCUGGGGGCCACGAAUGCCCUGACCAAUGGAGUACUACCCUCCGUGCAGAGCUACUCCUGCUUGCCAUAUGGGCGCCGUGCCUACCACCUGGCUGUGGUGUUGGGCAGUGCCUCCAGUCCCCUCGCCUGUUUCCUAGCCAUGGGCAUCCUCUACAGAUCACUGCGUGGUCUGGGUGUCCUUUCAUUGCUGGGUACCCUUUUGGGGACCUAUGUGAUGGUGUUGGCAGCCCUGAGUCCUUGUCCCCCCCUAGUGGGCACUUCUGCAGGUGUAGUGCUUGUGGUGCUCUCCUGGGUCCUGUGCCUGGGCACAUUUUCCUAUGUGAAGGUGGCAGUGAGUUCACUCCUGCAUGGCGGUGGCCGAAGCGCGCUGCUGGCAGCAGGUAUUGCCAUCCAGACAGGUUCUCUGAUGGGGGCUCUUGCCAUGUUCCCCCCCACAAGCAUCUACCAGGUCUUCAACCGAAGCCAGGACUGUGUGGACAUGUGUAGCCCCUGACGAUCCCUUCGGGGUGUUGUAUGGCUUUUAUUGGGAGUGCCCAUCCCUUCUCUGCCCCCACCCUCCCAGGAGUAAAGUACCUCCAUCUUUGCUGGAGCAACCUGUGCCUUAUUCCCUUCAGUGGGUGAGGUGUUGGCCCUCGCACAAUUUCCACCUCUCAGGGAUAAGCCAGGAAUUGGCUUAGGACACAGUGUCCCUACCCCACUGGAACCCUUGUCCCCAGCCAAAAAAAACCCCAAACCCACCAAAGCCAAACCUUAGGAAUAGAGACUCGGGACCAAAGAUAGGGCUUCUAUUGUUUCCCCUCGUGGGAGGUUUCCCUGUUAACCCUCUUGGAUCACUUAUCCUCUGGGUCCCAGAACAGAACUAAGUUCCGCAAACAUCACCAAAGACCAGCAGUGUACAAGGCCUUGGGCUGGGGGUUACAGAGAAGAUGACAGCUUGGACAAUUCCUAUGCUGGGCACAUGGGAGCAGGUGACAUGCUACACAGCAUCCCUCCCUCACACUCAGACCCGAAGUCCAGUUACAACUGUAGUUUUGAUGUAGGAGGCAAAAAAGGGGUUAACAGAAAAACCUAAGACCCAAGCUCUAAUUUAGAUCUGAGCUCUAAGAGAGAUUCAGACCCCAGUUAAUGGAUAACUUAAGACUUGGGAAACAAGCCAGGGCCUGGGUUCUUGCUACCCACAAUAACAGAAACAUAAAGAGGCAGGUCAGAGAGACUUUAACCAUAACAAUGAUACACUGACAGGGGUAUAGAAAUUUUUUUUUUUAAGAGCAAUAGGGGUUAAGUGACUUGCCCAGGGUCACACA